AUUGUCUCAUAGUGGAUGACUGUAGCGGAUGACUGUAGCUUUCAGAGCAUCAUACUCACUCGUGUGCAUUUUUCAAUCCAGGCGGAGUCUGAAGUGGCUUCCUUGAAUAGACGUAUCCAUUUGGUUGAAGAAGAGUUGGAUUGUGCUCAAGAGCGUUUGACUGCUGCCUUGCAGAAAUUAGAGGAGGCUGAAAAAUCAGCAGAUGAGAGUGAACGAGGGAUGAAAGUUGUGGAGUGCAAAGUCUUAAAGGCUGAGGAGAAAAUAGAAAUACAAGAUAUGCAGCUGAAGGAAGCUAAACAUGUUGCAGAGGAGGCAGAUCGCAAAUAUGAAGAGGUGGCACGAAAGCUCGUUGUUCUUGAAUGUGAUCAGGAGCGAACUGAGGAGCGGGCAAGGGUGUCAGAAAGUAAAUGUGCUGAGAUUGAAGAAGAAUUGAGAAAUGUCACCAACAGCCUGAAGUCUUUGGAAGCACAAACUGAAAAGUAUGCUUCAAAAGAAGAUAAAUAUGAAGAAGAAAUCAGGCUGCUAACAGAUAAGCUAAAAGAGGCAGAAACUAGAGCUGAGUUUGCUGAAAGAUCUGUAAUAAAACUGGAGAAGACAGUUGAUGAUUUGGAAGAGAAACUGGCCCGAGCAAAAGAAGAGAAUGUGGGCAUUCAUCAGGUGCUUGAGCAGACUCUAGUGGAUCUGAGCCACUUAUAAUAAUUCUAACUGGGGGAAAAAUAAAGCUUUACAUGCCACAAGUGCCCAUGGUACAACGUCUUCUGUGUAAACACUGCAAACCACCAGCCAAGGUGUGAAACACAACAUGGGGUUUAGAACAACAAAUUAAUAUAGGCUCAACAUUUGUAUUGAAUCCAAUAAAUUUCAUGGGGGAAGUCUUUUGUUCAAAACUUUAACUGCAGCGUUGGAACAUUUUUAUUUUCUUUUUGACUGCUCUGCCCUUUCCAUUACAGUGAACUGGGCAGACCUUGACAUAUAUGCCAUAAACAUGAUAGCUGUUAUAACUGUGUAUUUGCUUUUCCUUCCUGUUCUCUAUUUCAUGGCCUUCCAUUCUUGGCAAGCUUUGAUUUUUGAGUAGGUUUUAAAGCAAAGUAUGUUGAUAUGAAGAGCUCUUGCUAAAAGUGUAUUGAGACCUCUGACUUGAUGCUGGAUAACAUUAUGUAAAAUUAAUAAAGAAUGCACACCACUUUUCCUCUGCCACCCCUGGAGUUUUAUUCUGCUGUAGUUUAAAAGUCUGUGGCUUUUGGUUAGUGAGUUGAAAGUGGUUUGUCUCAAUUUGAAACACAAAUUCAAAGCUUGUAAGGAUGUUGCAAAGGCCUGAUUUCUGACAUGGGGACCACACUGGCAAUUGUUGACAGACAUUGCUAUUGUGUCAUGCUGACCCAAGGUUGCUAUUUGUAGCAUACAAUAGAAAAUCACUAGAUAUGUCUCCUGAGAUAUUGCGUUUUGAUAAAUCAUUGGAGAUGCCACCAUGACAUUGUAAACCUUUUAUACCCUUAAUAUAUGGGCUUGUGAAAAUAUGUACAUUUUUUUGUCACAGAUUUUAAAGGUCUUGAGCACAGACUGGGAGUUUUAACAAGCAUUUACCCUUCUGUGAUGUAACUGUUCCUUCUCCCUAUGAAUGUCCUUGGAAUUCAACUUUAUCCUAUGCAAUUAUCUGUGUAAGCUCUUUAUUUGUACGGUUUAUUAAACUUUGGAAUAAAAUUACCUUGUGUGGUGUUUUUAAAAUCGCA